GCACCCCAAGGUCACCAGCACCACCGCCACGUAGAUGCAGCCUGCAGGAGACCAUGUAACAAGUCUAACACUAUCGCGUCACGACUUGCAGCCAUUCUAGCCAAGUUGCGAUUUUGUCACGCUCUUUUGCUUCACUCUUGACCUUUUGCGUCGAUAAUUCUGGAUUGUAUUCUUAAGGUGUCCUUGCGAGAGUUUACGAGAGGGGUCCUCUGCCAGAACCGGACCGGGUUUCCAUUCCAAAACAACAAAAAACAACCGCCUCGUCUUUGGAAGACGGGCGCUGCCUUCGAUUCAUCCAGCCACGAGCUCCCUUCCUGAUUGCCACCAGAGCUCCCGAAUGACUCAAUCGUAAUCGGACUCACGACCGAGCUAGGCUCCUGGCACAUAAACGCCCUCCCUCAGCAAUCCGAUAACCCCGCCGGUGCCGCGCCAUCCCCCGUCCCUCCGUCCCCCGUCCCCCCCUCAACAUGCCUCGAAACCGCCCAGCCACGACGGGCUACGAGCGCCUGGAACAGGCCGACCACUCCAGCGAUGAGUCCGAAGAUGACUUCAUGCUCCAGAGCUCCGCGUCCUUGCAGGACCCCCGUGCCCCCCGCUACAACCAUACGUCACAGCCGCGGCCCCACUCGGGUAUGACCUCGCCGAGGGCACAUGUGAGCAGCAGCGGCACGACCCGCCCUGGAGGGCCGAAACACAGCCGCGGCCGAAGGCUUAGGAGCAAUUCGGGCGUCGACGUCAAGGCCAUCAACGCACGUCUGGAGCGCUGGGCAGAAGAAAUAGCGUCCAAGUUCAAGCGCGGCAAGAAGGGCAGGCACGGCGACGACGACGAACCGCGCCUUGAGAUCCACCACAGCGUCUUCCAGGCCCCCGAGGGCGUGAGGCCCGCCACGGAACAGAGCCUGGCCGUCCCGCAGGAGGGCGUCAUGACGAGGGACGAGUUCGAGUACAUUGUCGACACUGUGCGGCUGGCCAUCGAGCAGGGCGUGCACCCGAGGAUGAUCACUCAGGGCAGCUCCGGGUCUUACUUCGCGCGGAACCCGGAUGGGAAGGUGGUCGGCGUGUUCAAGCCCAAGGAUGAGGAGCCGUACGCAGCGGGAAACCCAAAGUGGAACAAAUGGAUCCACAGGAACUUGUUCCCCUGCUGCUUUGGCAGGGCAUGUCUUAUUCCUAACCUUUCCUACGUCAGUGAGGCGGCAGCCUACACACUUGACUGCCAGCUCCGGACUCACAUGGUGCCUUACACCGAUGUCGUAUGGCUUGCAUCAAAAUCAUUCCACUACCCAUUCUGGGAUCGCUACAACUACUCGAGGAACAGGAAGACAUUACCUCCAAAACCAGGGAGUUUCCAGGUCUUCCUGAAGGGGUUCAAGGACGCAAACAUCUUCCUUCGAGAACAUCCCUGGCCGGACCAGUACCUGUCGGGUGUACGGACCAACGAUAUGCACCGAAACAGGCGCAGAAGGUGGGUGGAUAAUUGCCGGCCCCUUGCCGGCCGCCUAGAAGACGAAGGUGGAGAGGACGGGGCGGAAACCCCAGACCGAGUUCCCGGCCCGGAUAACUUCAUGUGGACAGAAAGUUUGAAGCAGGCUUUCAGGGAAGAGCUUGAGAAGCUGGUGAUACUGGACUACAUCAUGCGAAACACAGACCGAGGCCUCGACAACUGGAUGAUCAAGGUGGACUGGGAGACCGGGGAGGUCUCAAUAGCUUCUGAGCCUGUACACAUGAACAUGGACACGGAGGAGCAGCCGGACGGGCCGAGGCCGGUCGAUCUGAGCCAGAGGCCAGCGCAGAAUCGCGCAUCGUAUCCGUACAAGGCCCAACGACCUAUGGAGGCGUCGAGUCCGUCGGAUCGGCCACGGGAUCCAAAAAUCAGUAUAGGGGCCAUUGACAACUCAUUAUCAUGGCCUUGGAAACACCCUGAUGCUUGGCGAAGUUUCCCCUUCGGCUGGCUCUUCUUACCCGUGGACCUCAUUGGCAGGCCGUUCUCACAGAAGACGAGGGAUCAUUUCCUGCCCCUUCUGACCUCGACAGCAUGGUGGAGCCAGACGCAACUGGCGCUCAGGAAAAUCUUCCAGAUAGACCCCGAUUUCCAAGAGAAGAUGUUCUCCAGGCAGAUAGCGGUCAUGAAAGGGCAGGCGUGGAACGUGGUGGAGACGCUCAAGACGCCGGACCACGGCCCGCUGGAGCUCACCAGGCGGGCAAAGGUGUGCGUGUGGGACGACCUGGUCGAAGUCCCCGUGGCCGUUCCUAUGAGGGCGACAUCGUCCGAGAUGCGCCGGCGGACCGAGGAGGACUUCCAGAAGGCCAUCGAGGAGGAGAUGGACAUCGGCGCGGCCAACAGCUCGGCCACCCCCGCCGCCGCAGACCUGCUCGGGCUCGCCACGCCGCCCGCGGACCUGCCCCACCCGGGCAGGUUUGAGCUGUCGGGCAACAUCACGGACACGGCCGUGGACGAGACGCAGUCGCUGGAGGACUCGGGUGUGUUCACCAACGAGGGCGCCACGGCGGCGUCCUCGCCCACGCGGACCAAGCACGACCAGCGGCCCCGGCCGGGGGCCCCGCGCUUCGGGACCAGCUACCCGGGCCCGCAGCGGUCGCACUCGACGCUCAACGUCUACUCGAGCAACAAGCGCGAGCGGCGGUACUCGUACGCCACGGCCAUGGGCCGGCGAAACAGCAGCUCCAUCGCCCAGAACAUGUACGGCGGCUACGACGACGACAUGGAGGGCGACCUGGGGUAUGCGGCCGCCGAGGGAAUGGAGGGCAACCAGCGCAAGGUCAUCGUGGAGAGGCUGGAGCCGGUCAAGGCGCGGAACCCUGUUUUUACUUGGUGUUAAAGGGGGGAAAGAGUAGCGGGGGGCACGGCAAAGAGGAAAGGGCAGGUUAAACAAAACCAAAAAAACGAUUGCAUCUGGCCGUUUUGGGUAGACUGUAAGAUACGUGGGUGGCCGGCAUCAUGCGAGGCGUCCUUUUACACGAUUUCCACGUUUGUCAUAUCUUGAUGGGAUUGGUAUAGAUUGGGUUGCGAUUGCCUUGGGGUUUGUUUGCUCUUUGCUAGAUGAAUUCUGCAUGGUGGGACAUCGGAUGCUCGGCAAGCAAGGGGAAACCAUCGCCAUGCCUUGACAGCUGUUGCAGUCGACUGAUGUGUGCUAUCGUUCCGCGGUACAACCAAUACAGCAAAGUGAAGCAAGCGAGUCUGCAAGGUUGAGGGUGGCCCUGUCUGAUCAUCGGUCUCGGGGUGCGUGCCUAUCCUGUCAUCAAAACUGCACCGAUGAGAUGAUUCCCGGUAGCUACAAAAGACCAUG